AUGGCGAUGCCGCCUGGCUCCGGCCACCCUCGAGCGUCGCCCCGCGCCGCAGCCGUCGUCAUCUUCAAGCUCGUCGCGCCUUCGCCUCCGCGCCUCUCGCCGGAGCCCCCGCAAGCCGUCCCCGUCGCCGAGUCCCCCGCCGGUCGCCUCUGCCUCGACCCCGCGUCCUCGCCUCCGGCGGCCGUCACCGCUCCGUGCACACCGCUGCCCCGAGCUGCUUCGCCUCCCUCCUCCGACAAGCGCCGCGCCUCCUGUCUCUCCGCGACCCCCGCUGCAGCUCCCUCUCCAGCUCGUCGUCGACCCGCCGUUCGCCUCCAGCCCUCGUCCGCGGCCGCGCCAAGCCACUCUCCAUCGACCUCCGCGACCAGUGCCUCCACUACCUCCCUGUCGCUGCGCCUGCCUCCUCUCGUCGCUGCCGCCUUCCGUUCCUCGUCACCGCGCCAGUAG